UACGUUGCUGACCGGUUGCAGUUAAGUAUCGAAUAAUAAUCAUCAUCUUUUCUUGCUUUUGUGGUCAUUGUGAAAAGCAAAAUCCAUCACCUUUAGAAACAAGAAUAUAAGAAAAAAUAAUUUUCAUUUUAUUUAGAAUCACCUGGAAGGCAUAAUAGUAUUGUAUUUGAAGGUACUUGAAUAAUUAAAACAGACUACUUUUGUUGCACGAGAUGUUUUCUCACUUCGAUUUAGUAUUUUUUAGGUUAGGUAACAUUUUAUUAUUAUGUGAAUAUUUAAAAUUACAAUUAUGAUGAUGUAAAGGUUAUGUUACUUAUCAUCAACAAAAACUAAAUUUAAAAUAGAAACUUACAAAGCAUCAAAAAUUCCAGAGGAUUGACUAAAUAUGAGUUUGAAACCGUUUAUUCAUCUAAUUGUGUACUUAAUUUUCUUCAAUUACACUUAUGCUUCGGUUCCUGUUGUUAUGAAUACUUGGCGGUUCAGUCAAGCUGCUGUAAAUGCAUUUUUAACUUUGAAAGACGCGGAUUCGGACGCUAUAGAUGCUGUAGUGACGGGAUGUUCCACUUGCGAAGGACUCCAGUGUGACCAUAGUGUUGGAUAUGGGGGAAGUCCUGACGAAAAUGGGGAAACUACCCUUGACGCCAUGAUAUUUGAUGGUACUGCAAUGAAUAUGGGAGCAGUGGGGGGCUUGAGAAGAAUCAAAGACGCGGCACUCGCUGCAAAAAUGGUGUUACAACAUACAAAACAUUCAUUUCUCGUAGGUGAUUUAGCGACAGAGUUUGCCAAAAAUUUCGAACUGCAUGAAGAAAAUUUAUCCACGAAUUACUCCACAAAUUUGUGGAAAGAGUGGAAGUCCAAAAAUUGUCAGCCCAACUUUUGGCAGAAUGUGGACCCUGAUCCAACCAAAACAUGUGGCCCUUAUGAAGCAUCCGAUUCAAACGAAGUUCUCAAAGACUCAUGGAAAAUUUUCAACUCUGAUAACCAUGACACAAUUGGGAUGAUUGCCAUAGAUGAGCGUGGGAACGUUGCAGCGGGGACUUCAACGAAUGGGGCCAAUCACAAAAUUCCAGGACGCGUCGGGGAUUCCCCGAUACCUGGAGCCGGCGCUUAUGCGGACAGCACAGUUGGUGCAGCCGUUGCGACAGGUGAUGGCGACGUAAUGAUGAGAUUUUCACCCAGUUUUUUGGCCGUAGAGGAGAUGAGACGAGGCGCAUCACCUACGAAAGCAGCCCAGAUUGCAAUUGAUAGAAUUACAGCAAAAUACCCGGACUUUUUUGGGGCUGUUUUAGUUAGCACAAACAAGGGGGAAUUUGGGGCUGCUUGUAACGGAAUGGAAUCAUUCCCGUUUUGUGUGGCCAGCGAAGAGUUUGGUGGAGUGGUCGUGAAGACAGUCAAUUGCACCAAAAUCAAUUAAAUUAUUUGAUUCAUUAAAUAAAUAAUUGGACUGCAUCA